AAGCGUUUCUGUUUUUUCCACCAUCUGGCCGGGCAGCCUGUCAGCUGAGCUCAGUGAAUUCAUCCCGCCAGCAGAGCGCGUCCCUGCGCCUCGUACAGAAAGUGGAGAUGCCUCCUACCGGAGCACAGAUCUACUCCCCGUUUUCCGUGAAACUGUGAAAAGGAAAAGCCCAGUUGUUUGUUUUUUAACAGUCAGAAAGCUCAUGCUCUGCGAGCUUCCUCCACCACCUACACAGCUCAAAUAGGACUCUCCCAGGAUGCUGUCGAACAGCCCACACGUCGGUCACAAAGUGGCAGGCUGUUUGCUUUUCCUCUCUUUCUUUCACCUUGCUGCUGGCAGCUCAGGAAAAGACACAGAGAGCCAGGAUGAUUUGCACGUCAUUCACAACAAUCAGCUGGACCUGCGGGAGAUAGUGUUCGUCAUCCAGAGUCAAAGCAACACCUUCCAUGUGAGGCAGGCAGAAAGACGGAGAGAGGAUUUGCUCAAGCAGGCACGCGGUUUUACGGAGAAACAGCCGGUGGUUUUGCUUCUUCACGGUUUAUCAGAAAAUGAAGGCGACUGGAGCAUCCUUCCUCUGCUGCCUUACUUAUCGCAUUCCUUUGGGAAAAACUCUUCGUGGAUUGUAUUUCUUGAGGAAGAAACAAACGUGAAGUUGAUUGCCCUCAUCAAAGUCCUUGCAAAAGUUGACAAAAAUAAAGAGUGGUUUCUGGGUAAGCCCCUCUUUGAUGAGGAAUCGACCAUCAUCCAUCAUUAUGCCUUUGCAGAGAACCCCUCCAUCUUUAAAUAUCCAGACUUUGCUGCCUCUUGGGCCUUAAGCAUCCCCCUAGUUGUUCGGCUUGCAAAGAAAGUGAAAGAGGAGCCACUUAAAUCUGACUUCACUAUUGACCUUAAACAUGAGGUUGCCUUGUAUAUCUGGGACAAUGGGAAGGGUCCACAUCUCACUGCAGUUCCUGAGCUGUGUACUGUGCCAGAGGACUCUCCCCAGGCCAGCCACUGUGCAACCACUGUGAGCAAAAAGCCUCCACUGUGUGGGGACCCUGUAAAUAAAGAAGAUAUAUUUGUUGCUGUGAAAACAUGCAAGAAGUUUCACAGUGAAAGAGUGCCAGUGAUAAAAAAGACUUGGGAAAAGGACGCCUUAUUUUUGGAGUACUACAGCGAUCAUGCUGAUCCUUCAAUACCAACCAUUAAUUUAGGUGUUCCAAAUACUGAAAGGGGCCACUGUGGAAAAACAUUUGCAAUCCUUCAAAGAUUUCUAAGCAGCGCUGUGCCGGACACCAAAUGGCUCCUCAUUGUGGAUGAUGACACACUUAUCAGCAUCCCCAGACUGCAAGUCUUGCUGAGCUGUUAUGACUCCUCUGAACCAGUGAGUCUGGGGGAGCGAUACGGCUAUGGCUUGAGCCAAGGUGGCUACAGUUACAUAACAGGAGGUGGUGGUAUGGUGUUCAGCAGGAAAGCUGUGGUGCGACUUCUUAAGAGUGGCUGCAAGUGCUACAGCAAUGAUGCGCCAGAUGACAUGGUGCUGGGCAUGUGCCUCAAUGCUCUCGGACUUCCCGUCACACACAGUCCUCUCUUCCACCAGGCACGCCCAGAGGACUAUGCCAGAGACUUCCUCGCUCACCAGGUGCCCAUCUCUUUUCAUAAACACUGGAACAUUGACCCCAUUGCUGUCUUCAACAAAUGGCUUAAGGAUGACUUCACAGCAAGUCAAGAUGAACUGAAAAGUGCAAAAACAGAACUAUAAUGAAUUUAAGCACACAAACUAGCCUGUAUUAAUACUUUUAUAUGUAUAUACAGUGUGAGUGUGUUGAGUGAUGGGAAUAUUAUCAGUUCACAGAUGUAAAUGGUUUUUUUUUGUAAUGUUGAUGUUGAGCUGUUAUAAAGAAGGGCCAUGCGA